AUGGAAUGUUUCACCUGAUUUGAGUGAGAUAACUAUCAAGCGUCCUUACUGUUUCAUUCAUCGAAGGCCACCCUCGCCCUUUUAUCUUGUGGUGGCUUCUUCUUCUCGUGCAUCAUAACAGCUUGCAUUCAUUGAGGUUCUAUUUUUAAUGUUGUGGCCACUUUCCUUUCUUGCUUUAUGACAUUCUAUCUUCCUCCGCCGACAAUUCAGUCCGAAUAUUGUACAGCGACGACAUUUUAUGAUCCCAUGCCACACCUCCCAAUCGUUCAAUGCAAUGCCUCUAUCACGGCCCAAAACAUAAGAAAGCGAAAAAGAGAAACAGCUUUGGAAGAUAUUACUCCAGCUCUAUCAAACAGGCUUGCCUCAUCGGCCCUUCAUGAUACGAGCCCGCAAUUCUGCUUAGACAAUACAGCAUGCUUAGGCGACAGCGCAGGGGUCUUCACGCGCCAGCGAUGUCUCCACAGGAAACGACGAGUUUUCCAGCAGCCACCUGCUUACCAUAAGCCACCGUUCAUAGACGGUAUCUCUCACAUACUACAGUCAGAUUCGUCACAAGACACUUACAUUUCUGGAGUCAGCUCUCCGCCCGUGUCUCCUAAAACAAUCCCCCCGACCUCAUAUCAGCAACCGCAAACACUAUUCGCAUCUGCGUCCUGUCUCCGCCCAUGUCAUAUCUGCCACCGGAGACCGACCACUCGAGAAUAUGUUGACGCCUAUGCAGACUGUGAUCUUUGUGGUGGGAGGAGCUGCUACAUUUGUUUACGGCAUUGUGACUCUGUAGACUGCAGUGGGUUACUCAGGACCCCUACAAGCGGCUGUCAAGAAAGGCCGGACGACGACGAAUGGCAGGCAGAGCGGGCACGAAAAGUUUGCUCUGCCUGUGCGGUCGAAGGUGUCACCGAAUCGGGAAAAGAAGUAAUAAGAUGCCUUGAAUGUGUACAAGGCCUUCAAUCCCAAUGGCAGGCUCUUCAUCUAGACUAGGGGAGCUUCAUGCGGCUUUGGAACAGACCCUGCUUGAAUAACGUGAGACAGUGGUCUGUUAUCCGCUGGCGGACUCAUUGAGGGUUUUCUCGAAAGACACUCUGUCCGAACCACUAAUGUGUAAUUAUAGAAGAUAGAAAUUUUGAUACCCAACUUAGCAGACUAAGUAAUAAUGACUU